AUGGCCUCUCAAAGACCUGGGCUACCUCAGAUGACGGAGGAGGAGAAAGAGAGACAGAGACGUCUCCUUGAGCUUUGCAUGCAACAGGUGGGAUUCUUCAGGGGAAAGAAAAUCCCAGUCUACACUCCUGGAGAGCUUGAGUACGAGAAAUCUGUCGCGAACUCGAACCUCCUCUACCGCUUCGAAAGACCAGGUUGUGUCACCCAACCUGAGCAUGAAUCCCACGUUCGCAUCAUUGUUAAACGAGCUAAGGAGGUAGGCCUACCUAUUCGAGUCAAGAAUGGAGGUCACUCGUAUGCAGGAUUCUCUGCUAUCAACAAUGGAAUUUCGAUUGAUCUGGUCAAUAUGAAACGUGUCGACCUCGACAAGGAUAACAUGACCAUCACAAUGGAAGCCGGCGCACUUUGGGCUCAUGCUUAUCACGAACUGAUCAACGACCAUCACGAUAAACUGGUUAUCAAUGGAGGGCGUUGCCCUAGUGUCGGAGUCAGUGGUUUCACUCUGGGUGGAGGUCUCGCGCCCUUUACUCGAAGCUUCGGUCUGGGAAGUGAUACACUCCUUGAGGUUCGCAUUGUGACUGCAGACCAUGAAAGCAUCAAAGUCAGCCCAAAGGACAAAAAAUCUGAAAAGGCAGAUCUCUUCUGGGCUCUUUGUGGUGCUGGCGGCAAUAAUUUUGGGGUAGUCACUGAGCUCAAGAUGAAGGUUCAAGAACUGCACCACGAUUAUGUUGUUGCUGGAGUCUAUACCUGGGCACCGGCUCAUGACGCUGCAUCUCAGAUGGCUUUUGAAGAAGCCAUGAUAAAGUUCUAUAGUGCUGACUGGAGCAACGAGAUGACGAUUGACACCAGUUGGUUGAUGGACCUGAAAGAUACCCGCGAAGAUCCUUCGGUUCGAUUUUUGGUCUACUAUAAUGGAUUGGAGAAAGACUUUGACAAAGAGGUUGAUGAGAAGCUCGGAAAUUGCGGCAAGGUUAACGACAAAGACAAGCCCGAUGACACAGACAAGGUUGACAGCAAAGACAAGGUUAGCGACAAAAAUAAAUCACUGGCACAACAGCUCAAGGAUCGAACCCUGCCGGAGAAUUCAACACUCUUUCUCCACGAGACUCUUGUAGCUCAGUGGUCAGAAGAAACCCAGAAGGCUUUGCCUUCGAACGCCAUGUUCCGGAUCUACACCUCCUUCUCUUUCACAAAGGCCACCGUCAAACAGAAUAUUUCUGAAAUAACCAAGACGCUGAAAAAACACUUGGUAGCUUUUAAAGAAGAUUUCAAAGGCGAAGAAGGCUCAAUCAGAGUGUCUUGGAUUCAUUCCGGUGGUGAAGCCAGCAAAAAGAGCCCUGACUACUCUGCUUAUCCCUGGCGUGCAUGUGAAUAUCACACCUACAUCAUGAUUGAGUGGAAGGAUAAGUGGUUAGAGACAAAGAUGAGAGGCGUCCUCACAGAUCUUAACAAGGAGUUGAGAAAAUAUUCUAUGGACGGGCUUGGUGUGUAUAUCAAUUUCCCGGAUGCUACACUCGACAAGGACACAUACGAAAAGGCAUACUAUGGUGACAACUGGGAAAAGUUACAGAGCAUCAAGGCACACUGGGAUAAGGACAACAUCUUCCAGUGGCCUCAUGGAGUUCAAGUUGGACCCCACGUUGACUCUGAGGGCACGACGAUGGAAUUUGCAUCUCCGCCUUUACCUCCCAGCAGUAGACCUGUCGUCAAGGGGUUUGCCAAUGCAGGGGAUGCUGCGGGCGCCUCGGUCGGCAAAACCUGGGACACCUGUAACCUGGCUAGCGGCAGCCCUAUAGUCGGUCUAGGUAAUUGA